GUGUGUGUGUGCGUGCGUGUGCAUGUACGUGACACGUCUGCAACUUGUAAGUCCCAGAGCCGGCACAGCUGCUGUGUGUGUGUGUGUGUGUGUUGCGUUGUUUUCUGAGUUGGUCUCCUCUUCUCUUCACUCUUCAUCAUGAUACGGGUUAUGAUGGAACAUGCCAAAAAGCAUCCAGGGCUCAUUCCUCAGUUCUUCUUCAUCCUCCUGGGGAUGGGCGGGGCCUCCUUCUAUCUGUUCCGACUGGCAAAGGGACCUCAUGUCACCUGGAAACAUGGGAGUAACCCAGAGCCUUGGAACAACCUCAGCCCCACCUAUCAGUACAAGUUUGUAGCGAUCAACACCGACUACAAGAACCUCAAGAAGGAGGGGCCAGACUUCUAAACUCCGCCCCGGUCUCCGCGGAGACGACCCUUGUGUAUUUUCUCUCUGCUCUCUGAUUGGCUGUCCUGACCUGCCGCAACAUCACAAGCAGGAAAUGACCUUGUGAUCAGCUCCACCUGACUAGACCUCUGAACCACCUGACGGUCCCCCGGCCCACUGGAUUCUGUUCAGUGCUAAUGUUCCGUUCAUAUCACUGGGUUCUGUUCAGUGCUAAUGUUCCGUUCAUAUCCCUGGGUUCUGUUCAGUGCUAAUGUUCCGUUCAUAUCACUGGGUUCUGUUCAGUGCUAAUGUUCCGUUCAUAUCACUGGGUUCUGUUCAGUUCUAAUGUUCCGUUCAUAUCACUGGGUUCUGUUCAGUUCUAAUGUUCCGUUCAUAUCGCUGCAGAGCAGAUCCAGGUCCAUCUCAUCAUAAAUCAUAUGAUCCUAAACACGCUUAUCUGGUCUGGUUCUGGUCUGGUUCUGAUCCUGUUCAGCCCACAGCAAUACGUGAGCUCCUGCUACUGUGUCUAGCCCAGAGUGUGUGUUUGUGCGUGCGUGCGUGUGUGUGUGGUGUACAGAGUGAAUGAUGCCUGGUGUUUAAAUGUUUCCUGUGGACAUUUCCACCCUAAUAAACAUCAGUCUGAACAAGA